AUUUCCCACCACUACUCCAAAAAUUCAAGCAUCCAGCACUUUACUAUACUAGAACCCUAGAAGAAGAAAAAAGAGAGUACUAGUAAAACAAUCCAAUAUCAUGGCUUCAAGAGCUGCAGCCUCUACUGCGCUUCUCCUGGCCCUAAACCUCCUCUUCUUCACUCUAGUGAGCUCCACUUACUGCCCUCCGCCGGCCGCGCCAAAGGGGCACAAGCAUCACCAUAAGCACCCAUCGAAAGGCGGGAAGUGCCCUAAGGACACCUUGAAGUUGGGUGUUUGUGCCAAUCUGUUGAAUGAUUUGGUGCACUUGGUUGUGGGCACUCCAGCCACCACUCCUUGCUGCUCUCUUCUAGGGGACUUGGUGGACCUUGAGGCGGCUGUGUGCCUUUGCACUGCGCUUAAGGCCAAUGUUUUGGGGCUUAACCUUAAUGUCCCUAUUGCCUUGAGCUUGCUCCUCAACGUAUGCGGGAAGUCUGCUCCCGAAGGGUUUCAGUGUGCUUGAUUAUAAUUGAGUUUUGUGUUUGGGAUUUUGGGUGUUCUUUUUUAUUUAUUUAUAAUUUUGAUGAAGUAUCUGUGUAAGAAUCAUGAAUGUUUGGUUACCAUUUGGUUUGUUUGAUGGGUUGACUCUGUGUGGAAGUUUUGUGAAGGCUCCUACCCUUCUUCUAUUUCCUUAGGGGGUUGGUUUAAUUAUUCUUGUAAUAUUGUUCCAUAUAUAUUGAUGUAUUCUGGUGAAAGAUUGGACAUGGGCAUGGAAUAAAAUUGGGUUCUUGUG